AUUGAAUCGCCUCAAACAUUUUGGAAUUCCAAAAUGAAAAAGGUGUUUGUAUAAUUGGGAUGAAGGGCAGCAUUUGUGAUUCUCUCUAUACUGCUAGACUAGAAUUAGUUGUUUUUAUAUGUCUGGAGAUUCAAUUCAGUGUCUUUUUGCUUCUCAAGAUAUAUUGGAAAAAUUAAUGUUGUUCUCUCAAAGUAUCUCUCAAGCCAUCUGCAAUUUGUCAGUAAAUGGCUCCAUAUCUAAUGUGACACUUCAGCAAGCAGCAAUAUCUGGUGGAACUGUAAUGUAUGAGAGACAAUUUGAGAUCCUGUCUCUGUCUGGUUUCUUUCUCCUCUCAGAAUCUGGUGGUGAGCGCAGCAGGACUAGUGGUUUUCAUGUGUUACUCGCUAGACCAGACAGCCAUGUUAUAGGUGGUAGUGUGGUAGGAGUUCUUACUGUAGUGUCAGCUGUACAUGUGUUACAUGACUUUAAAUUCCAAAUAUUCUCUGUUCUUUUCAAUUCUGAAAAUUAUGUUGUAAAUCUCUGGUACUAAUACCUAGCUUUUUCUCUCACAUUCCCUCCACUGGUAUUCAGAAUUGUCAAGAGACAAUUGUCAUCUUAUCUGACCUUUAUUUGUUGCAAAUUAUUAUUGGUAGUUUUGGCAUGCAAGGAAACAGUUAAAUUGGAUAAUUCUGAUGCUUUUGGUGUGCCAUCAGCCCCCAUCUUUGGAGCAUCAGCGGCUAAAAUUCCAUGUCACUCGGAACAAUAAGCAAGUCCAGUAGUUGCU